AUGGCACACUCGCAUUCGCACGACGGCGGAGCGUCGCACUCGCACGCCGGCGCCGACCAUGGCCACACCCACGAGAUCCUCGACGGCCCCGGCUCGUACCUGGGGCGGGAGAUGCCCAUCAUCGAAGGCAGGACCUGGGAGGAUCGCGCCUUCACCAUUGGCAUUGGCGGCCCGGUGGGAUCCGGCAAGACGGCCCUCAUGCUGGCCCUCUGCCUCGCGCUGCGCGACAGCUACAGCAUCGCCGCCGUGACCAACGACAUCUUCACCCGCGAAGACUGCGAGUUCCUGACCCGGAACAACGCCCUGCCCGCCGAGCGCAUCCGCGCCAUUGAGACCGGCGGCUGCCCCCAUGCUGCCGUGCGCGAGGACAUCUCCACCAACCUGGCCGCCCUGGAGGACCUGCAUCGCGAGUUCAACACGGAGCUGCUGCUGAUCGAGAGUGGCGGCGACAACCUGGCCGCCAACUACAGCCGCGAGCUGGCCGACUUCAUCAUCUACGUCAUCGACGUGAGCGGCGGCGACAAGAUUCCGCGCAAGGGCGGCCCCGGCAUCACCCAGAGCGACUUGCUUGUCGUCAACAAGACAGACCUGGCCGAGAUUGUGGGCGCCGAUCUGGGCGUCAUGGAGAGGGACGCGAGGAAGAUGCGCGAGGGCGGCCCCACCAUCUUUGCCCAGGUCAAGAAUGGGAAGAACGUCCAACAUAUUGUCAACCUCAUCCUGAGCGCGUGGAAGGCAAGCGGCGCCAAGAAGGCAUGA